ACAUUGCACUUGUAUAGCUGUGAAAUGAAAAAAAAAAAUCAUAAAUAAAAAUAAGCAAUUUGACGCUGUUCAAACAAUUUAAAACGCAUCACAUGCAUACACACUAAUGCAAAUUUACGCACAGACGAGAAGAACAAUUUCAAUUACCUGGUGCAAGUGACAAUUGUGAGAGAAACGGCAAGUCGAGAAAACAAAAAUAAUCCGGAGGCAAUCAUCAAAACUGGAGAGUUGAGUUUGAGUUCGAGUUGCCAUGUCAGCUCCACUCACACGAAACGUGCCGUAUUUGAAGCAGCAACUGACAGCGUUGCUGCACAACACGUCGCCGGUGAUAACGUUGAUCUGUCUGGUGACCACAUUUGGCUAUUUGCUCUCCUUCUCGGAGACAGCAGUGCUGCUGUUAAGUGUGACGCCUGGUUACAUUUUGCCAAAUGGCAAAUUUUGGAUAUGGACUGCGUUCACGUUCUGUUUCAUCGAGCUGCAUUGGUGGGAGGUGAUUGUGGAUGUGAUCACAGUGGGACUAUGUGGCAAAAUGCUGGAGCCCCUUUGGGGUCAAUAUGAAAUGUUCAAGUUCUUUGCACUGAGCAACUUUGGCGUCUCGCUGGUGACGAGCAUUUAUUACUUGUUCUAUUAUAUGGUCACCAAGAAUCCAACCAUUUUAUUCGAUGUACAUAUCCAUGGCCUGGCCGGUUAUGUGGCGGGUAUUUGUGUCGCCGUGCGUCAGAUUAUGCCCGAUCAUUUAAUCUUUAAGACUCGCUAUGGACGUUUAACCAAUCGAAAUGUGCCACUGACAGUGCUUAUCUUGGCUAUCAUCGGCUGGGCCAUCGGCAUGCUGGACGGCACAUAUCCGGCCAUGUUUGCCUCCGGCACUAUCGUCUCAUGGAUCUAUUUGCGCUUCUAUCAGCAUCAUCCAAAUGGACGCGGCGAUAGCUCGGAGAGCUUUACAUUUGUUAGCUUCUUUCCGAAUGUGACACAACCGUUUAUCAGCAUACUAGUGAAUCCCAUAUACAAUUGCUGUUUGCGUGUGGGCGUGGUGAAAACGCCCACACCGUUGCGCACAAUAUCAACGGCGAGCUUGACAUCUGUGUCUGUGCAAAUGCCGGGCGUGGAUCCGCACGACAUUGAGCGUAGACGACAAAUUGCUUUGAAGGCACUUAGCGAACGACUUAAGGCCACGGACUCAACGCGACAUGCACAGCUGCCGAAAUCCUUUCCACAGCAACAGCAUCAGCAACCACAUCAUCAUCAUCAGCAGCAGCAGCCACAGCACAAGCAUCAUAGUCAUAAUCAUGGCUCUGGUCAUAGUCACAGUGGACACAGUCACAGCCAAGGUGCUGGACACAGUCAUAGCCAUGCUUCUGGACACAGUCAUAGCCAUGGAGCUGGAGCAACGCAGGCACCGCAACCAGAUUUUGUGAAGUCAAGCAGCAGCUCCGCAGCCGCACAGCAAUUGCCGAUCACAACGGCCAGGUCCGAGCCUCGAAUGAUCAGCACGAUGAGCACAAUUGCAAUACCGAUGCCGGCGCCACCGCCCAAAGAUGAGGCUGUUGCUGGAGGAGCUGCGGCCACGCUCAUUGAUUUGCACGACGAGUCCGCCUAGAAUGUGUUUAUUUUUAACGUAAAUUGAAUAUUUUCUUUUGGAUAUUUAAAUGAUCUGCUACGGAUUAUUUGUGUAUAACUGCAACAAGUGCGCUCUUAACUGUAUUUGACGUAUUUGUGUGUCUACUACCUGUGCUUAAUAUAAAAUACGUGUAAUCUUCAAA